AUGGAGGGUGUGAUAAAGUCAAUCCAAGGUCUAUCCGCCAGUCCCGGCGACUUAUCUUCACUCCACCGUCUUCUUAAAGGAGCCGAGGAGACGCUCCGAAGCGAAUCGGAUCUCCAAAUCUGUACUCUUGACCAGCUCGACGCUUCCAAGCAUUCUCUCGGUUACCUCUAUCUCCUUUUAGUAUCAGUCUCCCCAAGUGCGAUUCUACAUCAGCUCAGAGGAGCUUCAAGAGCUGGUGAACAAUCCAGGAUGGUCAGAUACAUGCUCUUAUCAACCAGAAAGAUGGAAUGGUCAGAUUCUUGGAAUGUUAAGAAGACUGUCUUCGAACACUUUGAGGAAGAUCGUUACAGGCUCUUUGCGGUCGAUCUUUUGGGGUUCGGGGAAAGUCCUAAGCCAAGAGAUAGUCUCUAUACGUUGAGAGAUCAUGUAGAAACGAUAGAGAGAUCUGUCAUCAAGCCGUACCAGUUAGGUUCAUUUCAUGUGGUUGCACAUUCAAUGGGUUGCUUGAUUGCUCUUGCUCUGGCUGCUAAACACUCAACCAUUGUUAAAUCAGUUACUCUUGUCGCACCGCCUUAUUUUCCUUCAUCACUUGAAGAAUCAGUCUUGACUCGAAUCGCUGGAAAGCGACUGUGGCCGCCAUUAGCGUUUGGUACUGCGGUCAUGUCGUGGUAUGAACAUGUUGGAACCGCUGUUCCUUCUUGGAUGCAGUUUGUACACGAUUUCCACCAGCAUCCCUUCUUAUGCCACUUCUCACUCUUGCUUGGUUGUGCCCUACCAAUAUGGAUGUCUUCUGGGUUCAAUGACCGAGCUUUAUCCCCAUUUGCCGGGAUACUCAGCCUCGGGAUUGGAGAUACAAUGGCAUCAAUGGUUGGUCACAAAUAUGGGGUGUUAAGAUGGAGCAAGACAGGAAAGAAAAUGGUAGAAGGAACAGCAGCGGGAAUAACAUCGAUGAUGGCAGUGUGCUAUGUACUGGUCCCAGUAGUAGCAUCAAUGGGUUAUAUACUAAGCCAAGGAUGGUGGUCGCUUCUUGUUGCGGUUACAGCCACGGGAAUGUUGGAAGCUUACACGGUGCAGCUAGACAAUGCUUUUAUACCUCUGGUCUUCUACUCUCUCCUCUGCUUGUAG